UGAGAGUCCUACGCGUUGGCUGUCCGAAGACUCCGAAUUCACAACUAGAGUGGAAAGGACAGUUUCGCAUACCCUCGCAUACACACGCACACAUCCGGUCAACCGCAACUGAGAAAGGUGGGAACUUAGAGACACGAGUGAGCGAAAAUGGCAACAACAUCCUAUCGCCCGAAAGCGAACCUCGCAGCCUCCAAACGCGCAACUAACCCGGUAUCCUCCAAAUCCGCCCAGCCGGCACACGACCUCACCGCCGACCAAAAGCAGGAGAUCCGCGAGGCCUUUGAUCUCUUUGACACCGAUGGCAGCGGCACGAUCGAUACAAAGGAGUUAAAGGUGGCGAUGCGCGCGUUGGGGUUUGAGCCAAAGAAGGAGGAGCUCAAGAGGAUGAUUGGGGAGGUCGAUCGGACUGGGAGUGGGGUCAUUGACUUCAACGACUUUUUGGGAUUGAUGAGUGUCAAGAUGUCCGAGAAAGACACACGCGAGGAAAUUAUCAAAGCAUUCCGCCUAUUCGACGACGAUGGCACCGGCCGAAUCUCGUUCAAAAACCUGCGGCGGGUCGCCAAGGAGCUCGGCGAGAGUCUCACGGACGAGGAACUGCAGGAGAUGAUCGAUGAAGCCGAUCGGGAUGGCGAUGGCGAGAUUAACCAGGAGGAGUUCCUGCGAAUCAUGAAGAAGGCGAACCUGUAUUGAACGCCUGAGGAAACUGAGAACAGAGUGUACAUAGUUUUUUGGAUAGGAUAUGGAUCCGCCCCUGGCGCGGAAAGACGGUCAUGCCGAAAGGGAAGAGAGGCGACAAUUGCUGUACAAGGCUUUAGAAUAUAUUUAUGAAGUAUUACA